UCACAUUAUUCGGUAAUUAGGGCCAAGUGCCUCAAAAUUAUCUUGUGAGCGUUAUGUUUGCAAACAAGGAUCGACAAAUGGUUCCAGUGUAGUACAUACCAUUUUACAAGUUGUAAUAAGCAUCGCGAAUAUUUAACUGUUUGUCAACAAUCAAUCUUAAGUUUUGUUCAUCCUUUUGGCUGGGAUCGGUGCAUAUAUCAUGCUGGACUCACUACGACUACUUUUUUUAACCGGCCUUAUACUUGCAGUUGCAAAUAGUUUUGUGCUGAAAGAUGGAAGAUUGAGAUCCACUUGUGGAUAUGCGGCAUGUUCCGAGGGUGUAGAGGAUAAAAUCAACGUCCACAUUGUGGCUCAUACUCACGAUGACGUCGGAUGGUUGAAAACAGUCGACCAGUACUAUUAUGGUGCUAAAAACGAUAUCCAACAAGCCGGGGUUCAGUACAUCUUGGAUUCCGUUGUUGCAUCUCUGAUCGAGAAUUCAAACAGGAAGUUUACUUAUGUCGAAACAGCAUUUUUCUGGAGAUGGUGGCAAGAGCAAGCCGAGUCGACCAAAACAGCGGUCAUCAAUUUGGUAAACAAUGGUCGCCUUACGUUUACAAACGGAGCUUGGAGUAUGAAUGACGAGGCAACAACUCACUACAGUUCAACAAUCGAAAACUUUGCUUGGGGACUGCGGAAGCUAAACGAGACGUUCGGAACUUGCGGGCGGCCGACAAUCGGUUGGCAGAUUGAUCCUUUUGGUCAUUCUCGGCAACAUGCCACUCUGUUAUCGGAGAUGGCAUUCGAUGGAAUAUUUCUGGGCAGAAUUGAUUUUCAAGACAAGGCGCAGCGCGAGGCCAAUCGAACUAUGGAGGUGAUUUGGACGACGAGUCCGAAUCUCGGCCAGCGUAGCCAAAUAUUUGCUGGAAUUCUUCCCAAUGGCUACAGUCCACCUUUGCAUUUUUGUUUUGACACACUGUGCCAUGAUUCUCCUAUAAUGGACGAUCCCAGACUAAACGACUACAAUGUGGAUGAAAAGGUCAAAUCAUUCGUCGACCAGAUGCACAACCAGGCCACAAUCUACGCCACCAAUCACCUUAUCGUAACAAUGGGAGAGGAUUUUAACUACCAAAAUGCGGAUAUGUGGUUUAAGAACCUGGAUAAAUUAAUCUACUAUGUGAACGAACAGCAAAAGAAUGGUUCGGAUGUGAAUUUGUUAUACUCUACUCCGGCAUGCUAUUUGAACGCACUGAAUAAAGCCCACGUUUCGUGGCCGGCGAAGUCCGACGAUUUCUUCCCGUACGGAUCGGGAAGUCAUACGUACUGGACCGGGUACUUCACCAGCCGGACGGCUUUAAAACGCUUCGAGCGAGUGGCCUCGGGCUUUCUGCAGACAUGCAAGCAGGUCGAUGCCUUGGCAGGUCUGGAUCCCGGCGCACUGGAAAAAGUGGCUGUUCUACGCGGACAGCUGGGUAUUGCGCAACACCAUGAUGCGGUAGCAGGCACAGAGAAGCAACAGGUGGCAUAUGAUUAUGCGCAGCGUUUGGAUGUGGGAAUCAAAGCGUGUCAGGAAGUUGUCGCGGAUGGCCUGGCCAAACUAGCCAACAUUUCCCAGGCUUCGCAGAUUAAAUUCUGUGACCUGUUAAAUAUCAGCCAAUGCGCCGUAACGGAGAAUUAUAAGAAAGUAGCGCUUCUGGUGUGGAACAGCAUUCCCCGACAACUUCAGCAAUACAUUCAUCUGCCAGUGCCGGAUGGUGAUUAUAUGAUCACUGAUUCAGGAGGACAACAGGUGUCCUUUCAAAUUACUCCGCUUUUCAAGAAUGUUUUGGAUAUUCCCGAAAGAACGAGCACAGCAACUCAGGAACUGGUCUUCUACGCAACCUUGGCCCCAGUGACCUUUUCGACGUAUUAUGUGUACAGAACUGUAACUCACAAUCGGCCAUCCAAGACUAGAGCAGACGUUGAAGUCGUUGAUGUGCCAGACCCGCUGGACGACGAUAUCGUAUUCCAGAACGACUACCUGUCGGUGACCUUUGACGUACUGACCGGACUCGUGAAAUCUCUAACAAACCUGGAAACCAAAGAUACGCUGAAUUUCAACCAGACUUUUGCCGUCUACAACGGUUUUGCCGGAAAUAAUUCUUUAGAAAAGUAUCGCGCGUCUGGCGCAUACAUUUUUCGACCGAAUUGCACGGGAUUAGCGACGCAAUGUCGCACUGCUGUAGCGGGAAAUGGCUCAUAUGAAAUCGUUCAGGGCUCCGAAGUUCAAGAAAUGCGACAGUAUUUUGCUCCGUGGAUAUCGCAAGUAACUCGUCUGCAUCAGGAAUCACGUUUUCUGGAAUUUGAGUGGCAAAUUGGUCCUAUCCCUGUAGAUGAUGGCAUUGGCCGUGAAGUCAUUUCCGUUUUUUCAUCGGAUUUCAUAAACAACGGGGUGUUUUAUACCGAUUCCAAUGGCCGAGAGGAUCUGCAGCGGAAACGGGAUUUCCGCCCUUCAUACAGUGUGAAUCUCAGUGAACCGGUUGCGGGAAAUUAUUAUCCUGUUGCAAAUCGGAUCUAUAUACGAGACGAAAAGCAAGGAACGCAGUUGACAGUCCUGACCGAGCGCGCACAAGGAGGUAGCAGUACUGUGGAUGGACAAAUCGAGUUGAUGAUGCACAGACGUUUAUUAUACGACGAUGCGCUUGGAGUUGGCGAGGCCCUGAACGAGCCGGGAUCGGAUGGGAAAGGGCUGGUCGUCAGAGGCAAACACUAUCUGACCUUUACGAAAAUUGCCACUGCAGCCAGCAUUCAACGUCUGCUAGCGCAGGAAGUGUACUGGCAACCAUCAUUCGCCUUUUUGCCGGUUAAGAAGGACAAAGAAUUUCCGGUCGUUCAAAAAUUGCGCUCAGUUACAUCGUUGGCCCUACCGAGUAACGUCCACCUGCUCAGCUUGGAACGAUGGACCGGCAGCAACAUUCUACUACGUCUGGAGCAUCUGUUUGAAAAGAAUGAAGACCCUGUGAUGUCACUGCCGGUUACUCUCGACCUACAGCAAGUGAUGUCUGCGUUUAAGAUUGCCUCCGUGGAAGAAGUCACUUUAGAUGGGAAUAUGCCGGUAACCGCGGUGAAUGCGCUUAAAUGGAACAAGGAAGGAUAUUCUCCUGAUAAACAAGGUCGGCAUUCAGGGAAACAUCGUGGUACAGGGCAAAAUUUUACAAUAACGCUGAAUCCUAUGGAAAUCAAGUCUUUUCGUAUUGAAAUCGUGGCUAGUUGAAGCAAGACCUAUGAUCUGUGAUUGCCAACCCUGCAGCUGUUCCUUUAAUUUGAUUUGUUCAAACUGUGAUACGUGUAAAAGUAUGCAGUCAGGUUACAUCGGCUUUGCUUUAAGUACAUACACUUGGUCCUGCUUUGGUUUUGCUUUUUUACAAUAAAACAGGUAGGGUACUGUACGUACCGCAUGCAA